AUGCUGCCUUAUAACAACAACUCCCUCUCUACUGAAGUCUCUGAGUUCCUCCUGAACUGUUUUGUCAGGUCCCCCAGCUGGCAGCGCUGGCUGUCCCUGCCCCUCAGUCUCUUCUUCCUCCUGGCCAUGGGGGCCAACGCCACCCUCCUGCUCACCAUCCGGCUGGAGGCCUCUCUGCACGAGCCCAUGUACUACCUGCUCAGCCUGCUCUCCCUGCUGGACAUGGUGCUCUGCCUCACCGUCAUCCCCAAGGUCCUGGCCAUCUUCUGGUUUGAUCUCAGGCCCAUCAGCUUCUCUGUCUGCUUCCUCCAAAUGUUCAUCAUGAAUAGCUUCCUGCCCAUGGAAUCAUGCACCUUCUUAGUCAUGGCCUAUGACCGCUAUGUGGCCAUCUGCAAGCCUCUGCACUACUCAUCUAUCAUCACGGACCAAUUUGUGGCAAGAGCUCUUGUCUUCAUCUUGGCCCGAAACACAUUUCUUACCGCACCUAUUCCCAUCCUCUCUGCGCGGCUCCAUUAUUGUGGAAAAAAUAUAAUUGAAAACUGUAUCUGUGCCAACCUCUCUGUGUCCAAGCUCUCUUGUGGUAACAUCACCCUUAACAAAAUCUACCAAUUAAUUUUAGCCUGGACUCUGCUGGGCUCUGACCUCAUCCUCAUCUUCCUCUCCUACAUCUUCAUCCUCCGAGCUGUUCUUCGACUCCAUACAAAAGGAGCAACUACUAAAGCUCUGAGCACCUGUGGCUCUCACUUUAUCCUUAUCCUCUUCUUCAGCACCAUCCUGCUGGUUUUUGUUUUUACCCAUUUGGCCAAGAAAAAGGUUUCACCUGAUAUUCCUGUCUUACUUAAUGUCCUCCACCAUGUCAUUCCUGCAGCUCUCAACCCCAUUGUCUAUGGUGUUCGAACUCAGGAAAUUAAGCAGGGGAUUUGGAAAUUAUUGAGAAAGGGUAGUGACAGCAGAAAGUAA